AGGAGUCGCCCAAACAGCAACUUUGUAGUGGCAUUGGUCAUGCUAUGAUCUGAACCCAUUCAUUUGAAAUGUCCUCCCAGUUUCUGCAGGCGGAACUCUUGAAUUUGAUUCAAGAGUCCAAAAGAAGGAAUACCGACCUGCGAAAUGCUGCUGAAGAAUCCCUUAAUAGUCUAAAGGCUUUGCCUUCUACUUCUGAGGCUCAAACAUCUGCUGGUAUAGACCUACUGCGCAAGCCAAAGUUUGUCGAUCCAUUCAUCUUAGCCUGCCAUAGUCACCAUGCAAAGCUUGCCGGAAUUGGUGUUAUCAGUCUUCAGAGAUUGGUUGCAUCACGAUCUUUACCCUCUGAGCGUUUAAAAGAUGUCUUGGGUGGCCUUAAAGAAACAACAAAUCUGAGCCUAGACAUUCAGCUCAAAAUAUUGCAGUCUUUGCCCUCUCUGCUACAACAUUAUUCCAAUGAUCUCAGUGGGGAGCUCCUGGUGAGCACACUCGAGGUAUGUGCGACGUUGCAGGCGAGCAAAACCCUUGCGGUUUCCAGUACAGCUGCGGCUACGUUACAGCAACUUGUGGUAUCUACGUUUGAAAGAGUUUUCGUCGAAGACAAGACUCCUCCCGGUUCAAUAUCAACAAAAACAGUCAUAGUUGACGGUAGUUCAGUCAACAUAGGAACAUUUGCCUAUGAUGCUUUACGGGUUUUGGACGAUCUUUGCCGUCUUAUAGACGAAGAGCAGUUGCAAUUCCUGAGGAUCAAAUCGCUAUCCCCAACAUUUACCCUGGAGCUCAUCGAGAGCAUUCUGCUGAAUAGUGGGCAUCUAUUCGUCAGCCACGCGGAACUAACACAGGUGCUACGAACUCGGCUUAUGCCAAUGACCGUUAGAUUUUUAUCAGAGAGGCACAGCUUUGCCCAGACAGUACGGAUUUCUCGAAUUCUCCUUGUGAUAUUUAAACGUCACAUGUCUUUGUUGACAGCAGAGUGUGAAAUGGCUCUCAGUUUGUUGACCCAUUUACUUGAACCGGAUGGAACUGCGCCCUGGAAACGUGUACUAUGCAUGGAAAUAUUCCGAGCGCUGUAUGCUGAGCCAGGACUGGUUCGUCUCAUUUAUACUUUGUAUGACGGAUCAGAGGGAAGGAAAAAUAUUCUCCGGGACCAUAUGGCCGGGCUCGUUCGUUUGGCAUCCGAAAAGCCCUCUCUGAUCGGUGUCAGUACGCAAUCUACCAUACCUUCUCGGGCUGAGCACGUAAGGUCUGUUACAGAGGAACAAAUCACCCUUGAAGUUGGCGGGGUCGCUGGUGUCAUUGGGGCCACGGGGCAAGCCACGGAGAAUGUGCCAGGGAUCAGCAGUCAGUGGAGUGUGGUUCGCACGCCCUACAUAGAACUGCUUGAUAAAACCGAUGCACCGCUUCCUCCAGAGACCUACAUAUAUAGCCUGGUGCUCAACUGUAUCGGUACUUUCGCCGAAGGCCUUGCGAAAUUCAUCCUUCCGCUGACGGUCCCUGACUUAAAACAAAAGCGAAGGAGCCGCAUCACAAGCCCCGAUAAGAGUGCCGCUGGGAAGGGCUCUCAUGAUCUGCAAAGGUCAGAUUCCUGGAAAACUGGUCAGGGGAUGAGUUCCAAAAAGUCGGCUAUGCCUAUCAAUCCCCUAGACCUGGAAUCUCAUCCCCAAAUUGCCGCAAUCAGAACAUGUGCGGCAGUUAUUGAAAAUUGCUGGCCUGCUGUACUUGCAGCAUGCUCGACAUUUUUGUAUGCGUCUUUGGAUGAUGAGUUUUACCAUAAUCUCGUCAGGUCGUUCCAGAAAUUGGCACAUGUGGCCGGUCUGCUUAGACUGUCAGUCCCUCGAGAUGCUUUCUUAACUACACUUGGAAAGGCCACCAUGCCAGCUGAUGCUGGAGGGCCCAAGUCCGCGGGUGCCACGAAAGCAGCCGUGACUGGUUCCCAGCACAACAACGCAGGAGAGAAGAAACGAAAGGGUCCCGAUUCGUCCCUUGUUAGCUCUCCAUUGUCUGCUGACUCCUCCAAUACACAUUCGGAGAGUCCUCCUGUGUCCCUCAGCACGAGGAAUCUUCUAUGCCUACGUGCCUUGCUUAACUUGGGCAUUGCUUUGGGGCCUACCUUGGAUCAGCCGGCCUGGUCUAUCAUGCUUCAGACCCUUCAGGACACUGAUUUGCUAAUGGGAAUAUCUUCCGUGUCUACAAAGUCAGGUUCUACCGUCAGCAGCUCAAACGAAGCUGCAACUGGCCUUAGUGCUGAUGCUCUCAAGGCUAAUUUUGGAACUGCGGUUAUUGCUGUGCAAGCAGCCUCCACCAAGAUGUUUGAGAGCACUAGCGACUAUCCCAGUGGCUCUUUUCGAGAAGUUUUGCUAGCUCUACUGAGCCUUUCUGGAUCAACUUGCCAAGUCGCUCAGCAAGAUUUGUCUGAGAACCCCUCAACCUCUCCUCGUUCACCACAGUCUCUACAACGUACGGGGCAAAUGCGCAAAACCACUCGCCGUGUAUCACUCACUGUAGGGAAAUCGAGAACGCAAGACGAAGAAUUGAGGUUUGUUUUGGACAAAGCAAACGAGCUAGCCAGAGCAAAUUUGGAGCGAUUGUCAUCUCUGGAUGAGAAUGACUGUAGUGCGUGGCAAGUCCUGACCGAUAGUCUUAUUUCCGGUGCAGCAAACGAAGAUAAUGGCCAAAGCCUUCGUCUCAAGGCCAGCGGAGUGCUUAACAAUCUUAUCUUCCAAACCAUGCAACAGAGUGACGACGAUGAUGAUUCUUCGCGAAAUGCACGCCAGAUGAGAAAUCUCAAAACGCUCAAAGCGCAGAUAAAAUCGCUUUAUAAUGCAAUUUCGCUUCGUCCUGGAACGCUUCCCGCUGCUGUGAUAGAGAUUCAUGAACAAAGCCUUGACGUUCUGAAGAAUAUGCUAGAGCAGUACGCUGAGACAUUUAGCGAAGUGUGGACUCUUGUUUUCGAUCUCAUAUCUAGUGUCUUCGGGGAUGCUCUACCGGAAGACGAAGUGGAAAUGACCCCUGGAAGAAGGGGCAAACUGUCUCUCCUGGCGGACUCGCCUCGCCUCAUUCGCGCCGCCUAUAAAUCUCUUCAGUUGGUGGCUUCGGAUUUCCUCGCCCUGCUCCCACCCUCUUGCCGGUUGAACCUCGUGGAUUCUUUCUCUAGCUUUGCUUCGCAGCAACAGGACUUCAAUAUCUCACUUACCACUACGUCAUUCUUCUGGACUGUUUCCGAUUUUCUUCAAGGCCAGAUUGACCGAUUUUCGAUCGAGUCUCAUGUCGAUGCUUCUGUGAGCGAACAAACGCUUGCGACAUUGGCCAAAGAUGAUGACCCUUCGGUAUCUCGUAAUUCUUUAUGGCUAUUGCUGCUGCUGCGAAUUGUGGAUCUCACAACAGAUAUCCGAUCAGAAAUUAGGAAUAGUGCAGUUCAUACGCUUUUGAGGAUCUUUGAUGCCUACGGUCAGCAGUUGUCGCCCAAAGCAUGGCGUCUAUGUCUGAAUCGAGUCCUGUUUCAGAUGGUUGAGGAUAUUGAAACCGAAAUAGCCCAAGUGGUCGGAAACGGAAAGAGCGUGAGUUCCGACGAGCUCAAGCCAUGGAUUGAAACGACAGUCGUGAUGAUCAAAGGCUUCUCUGAUUUAAUCACAAACUUCUUCGAGUCGAUUUUACAGGAUGAGGAGUUUGACAGUUCUUGGGAAAGGCUUCUUCAAUACUUCCAAACGCUCAUUAACUUGCAGCUUUUGGAAUUUAGUGAAGCGGUGUUUUCCAGCCUGUCAGGCAUCCUUCUCAGAGUGCAAUCUCCGAAUGGUCUGAGCAAGAAAGCCCUUCACUCCACAUGGUCAUUAUGGUUAGGCGGCCACCCUGCUAGCAAGGAAGAUCUGCUGGACCUAGACUGUCCGAAUCAAGAGGCAGCUUUGGCUUAUCUCAGAACCUUCCAGCAAGUCUAUCGCCUUUACAACAAUGAGAUGACGUGUGAGCACAUUGAAAAUGUUCUGCAACACUUGCGACUUCUUGCAUGGAAUUCUGUAUCUCCUCGAUAUUCCCCCGACAUCGAUCGUCCAUCAAGCUUGCAGGUGUUGAUCAUUGAUUGCACAAAGACAAUUUGUUUAGAAAAAGAAGACUCCCAGCCAGAAGUUCUACUGUGCCUUGCGGACUUUGUCGAUUCUGCAUUGACAAAAUGGACACCAAGCAGCGAUAGUCGAAGACCGUCGUUUGUGGCGUUCUCCAAGAGCGCAAUCGACCUCCUCAACUGGUACAUUUCCGAGUUUGGGAUCAAAAAAGAUAUAUUCGCAAACAGCUCUCUGUCUGUCACAUUGGAGCACCUUGCGGCCCCCAUUGCCCAGAAGUACAAAUGGCAAGGGAAAGACCGCGAGCCCAAUUUAUGGCAAAAAGCGACGACAGCUUCGCUAAACAUUCUCCAGGUGGUAAUUCCCUAUGUGGAAAAACAAUAUGAGACCUCAAAGGAGACAGAGAUUUCGCGGUUCUGGGCGUGUGUGGUCGGUGUUGCACAAGGCAUAGUCUCUGCCACGGGCCAACGGACCCUCCAGCUGUCCAAAGCCAACAUUCUGGCGGACGAAUCGUUCGACAUUGCCGCCUUCCACAGGUUGAAGUCUUUUAUAAUCCCAUCUCUCGGAGCAUCUACGAUCCAAGACACGAUUCGUCGUGACUUUGCCUGUGCACUCUUUCAUUCGUCAUUCAUCUAUCCUUUACAACGAUUUGACCUUCCUGGUGAAUCUCUAGAAAAGGAGCCACUCCUGGGGUUGUACAAUGUCCGACCAGGAAAGACCUUUGACCCUGCGCCCACAUUACGUUCCAAGAUGUCGUACGUUCUAAUAGAUACACUGUUCGAACUAGCGUCUGUCCCGUCAACUGAGGCGGCGCAGCGUGACGAUGGCAACUCUGGACAGGAUACCAGUACCGCAGAACAUAUUAGCCCCCGUGUUUUGCUAGCUCGAUCCGUCUCUCCGUACCUCAUUCUCCGUUGUGCUGUGUCUAUGAAAGCUUACAUAGCGGAUCAACCUCUCCGUGGUCUUAUGCCUCAGCCCACACCGGCGCGAAAAGCUCUCUUACACCUCCUUCACGGGAUGGUGAAGCUGCAAAGUGAACCAACUGCAAUCCCGGAGCCGCCUACAAUCCACACGAUGCCAAUUUCACCAGAAAAAUCAGCCACGGCCAACAACCACACGAAACAUCUGGAGUGGAUGUACCCGCUGGUGGUGAGAGCCGUGCAGGUCGCAGGCAAAGAGAGAGAUGACGGUGAAGUCCUGCAAGCACUGGGCGAGAUGCUACAGGGAGUUGGCCAUUGCAGUAUAUAGCGUACUUUUGUUUUCUUUGUUCUUUUGGCGUAGGGAGUGACAGGUAUAACGAACGCUGCAGUAGAAUUACAUUUGGUAUUUCAGGCUAGCGGUCAUGUCUUGAUUUUACCCAUGUACUAUACCAACCAACCAACCAUUCUCUAGAUCUGGAACAAUUAGGACCACCUAGGGGCCUGUAAUAGGCCGGGAUCUCAGCACA